GCCAACCUCACGCCAUUCUUUCACAUCUGGGCUUUACAUGCAUGAACCAGGCAGGCUACAUCUCGCCAAGCACAGCGCAUGCUUGCUGUUGGACUCUAACCCGCAGAACCCGACCAACACCGCCUGGGCACAUGGCAAGGCCGACUUCCUCGGCCAGCCUUUGAUGGUGUCGGUCGGCUCUGUCUGGGGACUUUCGACUCUGGGAUUGGUGGAGCAGCCUCUCAUUGCUGCUGUGGCCAAUCAGGAGAAUAUGCGGAUGCUGCGGCUUUCCGAGCUUGAGGAUGUGGAGAGACAAAUGCGAGAACUAGGGGAUCGACUUCUUCGUGUCGAGAAAGGACUUCGGCGAUCAGUCGCUUUGUGCAACUUUCGCAAACGGGAUGGUGAGGCUGACGAUGGGUGCCGUGGGCGUAUGCCCAAGGUGCUGCAGACCACAAACGCAGCGAAGGUCGAAAAGUGGGGGGUCAUCGACCAUUGUGGUGCUCCUUUUCCUCGGUCACCGGAGGACGUGGAGGUCGAGUUCAAUAGUGGCAUGACGUGGAUCCGAGAUGACCAAGUCAGUGGCUCAGGAAGUCCACCGAGGUGGACAUCGCUGCAAUUCGGGAAGUCAUGGAAAGUACGUCUUGCUGACAUCGCUGCUGAAAGGGACUCUGAGAUUGUGCCAGGUGGGCAGGGUUUUCCGGGGGUGGAGAAGAUUGCUGAGUUUCAGAGCAUUGACCUCAGCACCGCCAGAGCUAAUCAGCUGAUCUCUCUUGAACUGUCGGCCGUCUUCGACCCACGCGACAGCGGCCGAAUGCCGGCGCAAGGUGUCGGUGCUGAGCUGCCAAGACCUUGCAAACACGGUCAGGACCUCAAAAGCCAAUGUUCCUUUGCCGUGGAUCCUGGCACGACGGAUAGGCGCGAUGCCUCGCCAGACCCGGAGCGACUGGUGAGUAUCGACGCCCAGGUCUGCCAGGGUUUCACCAACCUCUUGGUGGAUGCAGACGUGCACAGCAUCGACCAUAUCCGGGACGCAAUCGGUGAGCUGCAGAAGAUGAAGCAAGUGGUGCAUACAACAGUUUUUGCCGCACCCGGCCGCAAUUCCAACAAGCGAUGGAAUGAAUUAUUCCAGGACAACCGGAUAUGUUUUCGUCCGGUCCCGCGGGACAAGAGCAAAGUCUCGGAAGCAAAUGAUGAGAUUAUAAUCCAAACACUUACAACUUGCGACGAUGCCCCGAGUUUUGCGCUCCUGGCUUCUGACUUCGACUUCGUGGAUGCAAUUAAGCGGGCCGCGGACCGUGGCAAGCAGGUUUUUCUGUUCAUCCCAUCCAACAAAGUAGGGGUAAUCAAGCAGUAUCUUGAUGCGGGGGUUCACGUCCACGAGCUGAAGUCCCACUCGGAUUUGCCGAGAGUCAGAGCAGUUCUUCAUGCAGAUGGUAGCGGGGAUGUGGAAGUGGGUGGUCCGUGGCACCUUCCUGAGAAUGCCGAUUCGGCAAGUACGUGUGAAAAAUUCUUGAUGGACCUUGGAUUCAUGGAAGAAGCACGCAGGGAGUUCAUGGUGCAGUCUGCAGCGAAGUUCUGGCUCGCGAAUGAGCUGGGGGGAUCACUCACUGUGUUUCCGCGAGAACUUUGCGUCAAAAGGCUUUGCCAGCUUAUCGAGAAGCACAGCACGGGGAAUCUGCGGAGAUGUGCCAAAGACAUGGCAUUUUUCCUUCCUACAUCUGCGCAUGGAAAGCCAAGCGGAGGGCAAUUGGCCAAAUUCGGCACGGCUGUAGCAAGAACAGUCUUCAGAGGCGGAGGACCUUUCAUGCUGCAAGAGUCAUCAAGCAUGGUCAGACAAGCAUUGGAAAAGCUAGGAUACAUCGAUGGAGAUCUGAAUUCGGAUAUGCUAGAGGCAAUGCUUGUGUUCGUGAAUGCUCCGGGGAACCAUCACCGCUUGCGGAAAAGGUUGAAGUCUUUGCCUAGCUUCGGUGAUGCAGCUGCAGACGUGGAGGAGAAGCUUAGGCAUGCGUUUCUUUCUCACCUCACAGACGGCAUGUGGCGGAUAUCGCCCCGUGAUGACAGCAUCAGAGCACGUCUUUGCAAGCGGGGAUUCUUGGCGACUGUUGCCGCUCCAAAGCAGGAUGUGUUUCGAGCGAUGGCUGCGUACUCCAAGCAGCACCAUCUGCCGGAGAUGAAGACCUAUAACGGCUAUCUUUUUCGCAUUCUUCGUGCGCAGGAGGCCCACCCGGAAGAGACGGGUACAAUCGAGCUGAGGCGUUGUUGGCUUAAAACUAUCCCUGGGCCUGUGGCUUUGGCAUGCGAACAGCUUCUGAAGUUAGGUGCCACAGCUGUGCGAACUAUGGCCUCUCUGGAAGGCUCAGCCGGGACGAAAUCUGGUGGCCUAGGUCCCCAGCUCGAGAAUCCCCCUUCGGAUAUCUCCAUCCUAGUCCGUGCCAUUGGCUCUUCGAUGGCUACCGCAACUGCAACAUGCGGUCACCACAACUUUGCUCGGCCUGGGCAUCAUCCGCAGCCCUUGGAUGAGAUGGACCUGGAUGCUGAGAUGGGCCAUUCAUUUGCUCGACAGAUCUCUCCGAAUUGCCGGCUGGUAGACUGCAAGGUUCCAUCUCCAACCUGCGCAGACCCUCCGGAUGACACGAGGCUUGACUUCGGCGAAUUCAAAAGACGAGCACUGGUCCUUGCGACAGAGUUUUUCUGCUCCGGAGACGUGGAAGGCAUGGUGGCAUCCGUCAAGGGCUUGGGGUGCACAGCUUUUCAUGACGAACUGGCUGCACUGCUGCUGCGCGCUUCUCUCGACCAGAGGGAGAAG